CACGCCCGCUGUCUGGGGCUCGUGAACGCAACUCACAACCGCAACUCGUCUCUCGGCCGAACACACCGCACGCAACCACCGUCACAAUGGGUCUCUUCGAGAAGCUGCAGGCCCGCCUGGAGCUCUACCGCCUGGAGCAGCGCUACACACGCCGCGAGAAGCGCUCGACCUUCAUCAGCGAAGCACAGUACGUCGACGGCGAGUAUGUCUACACCUCGUCGCCCUCGUCCUCGACAAAGUCGGCCGGAACAUCCAGCUCGCGCCGCUUCAGCAAAAUGCCCUCCAUGACCGCAGUGCGGGUAAAGGAACUGGCCCGCGCAGGCACUGGCCGCUCGUGAUCGCCAAACUCUGCUGAGU